AGCAAAAACCUCUCUUUCAACUUGCAACUUGCAACUUGCAACUUGCGAGCAGUUAAAAGUGAGAUACUCUCUCUCUAUAUAUAUAUAAACAAGAGUAGCAGCAGCAGUAGCAGAAAGUGUCAAAACUUUUUCUCCUCCGAAAAGGAAACCUUCCUUGGGAUCUGGAGAAAAAGUAAUCAUCACGAUGAAUCCCAAAAGCCAGACAGUAAACAUCUUUCCAGCUGUCUUCUUCUUCCUCCUCCUCUGUGCUCAACAACCUUCUCAAGCUACCAAAGACUCCUCCAAGGGACAGGUCAAGCUACAGAACCGCCGUCUCGGCUCCUCCGUCGUCUUCCCCGUCUCGGGCAACGUUCACCCUCUCGGGUACUAUUAUGUGUUGCUCAACAUAGGGAACCCACCUAAGCUCUUUGACUUGGACAUUGACACUGGCAGUGACCUCACUUGGGUUCAGUGCGAUGCUCCCUGCAACGGUUGCACAAAGCCACGUGAUAGUCAGUACAAGCCUAAUCACAACACUUUACCCUGCUCCCACCUCCUUUGUUCUGGCCUAGACCUUCCUCAGAGCAAACCUUGUGACGACCCUGAGGACCAGUGUGACUACGAGAUUGGCUACUCAGACCACGCUUCCUCCGUUGGCGUUCUCGUCUCUGACGAGUUCCCUCUCAGGCUCGAGAACGGCUCCACUAUGCAUCCCCACUUGACCUUCGGAUGCGGGUACGAUCAGCAGAGCCCUGGCCCACACCCUCCACCUCCAACAGCCGGGAUCCUCGGCCUCGGCCGUGGCAAAGUAAGCAUCUCCUCGCAGCUCAGCUCCUUGGGUGUAACCAAGAACGUGAUCGUGCAUUGCUUGAGCCGUGACGGUAAAGGCGGCUUUCUCUCUAUCGGAGACGAGCUUGUUCCUUCCUAUGGUGUCACAUGGACUUCGCUGGCUCUCAAGCCGCCUAGUAAAAACUACAAGACGGGACCAGCGGAGAUUCUCUUUGACGACAAGGCCACUGGUGUCAAAGGCGUUAGCUUCGUUUUCGAUAGUGGGAGCUCCUACACUUACUUCAACGCCGAGGCGUACCAAGCGGUUCUUGAGCUUGUGAGAAAGGACUUGAAGGGGAAGGCUUUGAAGGAUAGUAAGGAAGAUAAGAGCUUACCGGUGUGUUGGAAAGACAAAAGGGCUUUGAAGUCGGUGCAUGAUGUGAAGAAAUACUUCAGGACGAUUAGUUUACGGUUUGGUGGGAGUCAGAAGAACGGUCAGGUGUUUCAGAUUCCUCCAGAGUCUUAUCUCAUCAUCACUGAAAAGGGAAACGUGUGUUUGGGGAUUCUAAACGGAACUGAGAUUGGGCUUGAGAACUACAACAUCAUUGGGGACAUAUCUUUUCAAGGGAUAAUGGUGAUCUACGACAAUGAGAAGCAGAGGAUCGGAUGGAUCCCUUCAGACUGUGACAAGCUUCCCAGUGUGGGUCAAGACAAUGGAGGAGACUUGUCUGAGGAGGAGGCUUAUCCGAGAGGCUUUGGUUUGAUAGGAGAUCUCUUCUCAGGAACUGAUGCUUCUAAGUACAGGAAAGAUGGAGAGCUUUGACACCAGAGAAGAAGAGUCUUUACUAGUAGUGAAAUAAGGAUGUUUUGUUAAGCUGUUUUCAUAGAAACAAGGGAUUUUUUUGAGUAU